AUGCUGCGACCAGCAAUGCGGUGCCUUGGCCGACUGCGUCAUCCCAUCCUCUCACAAACUCAAAAGAAUGCCUUCUCAGCAACAAAUACGCGUCAUCUAAUGAGCAUGGCUGGUUUUACAGAGAACCAGCUUAUGGUCCGUGAAGCGGUCGGUCAAAUUUGUACAGAAUUCCCGAACACGUACUGGCAAGACCACGACCAGAAUGAACAAGACCCGAAAGAGUUCCAUGCUGCCCUUGCAAAGGCAGGUUGGCUUGGCAUUGCUCUUCCUGAAUCGUUAGGAGGUUCCGGCCUGGGUAUCUCAGAAGCGACGAUGAUGAUGCAGGCAAUCACAGAGUCGGGCGCGGGUAUGGCGGGCGCACAGUCUAUACAUGCGAAUGUCUACGCGACGCAACCACUUGCGAAGUUCGGUACGAAAGAACAAUUAGAAACAACCAUUCCCAAAAUCGUUUCUGGCGAGUACCGUGUAUGCUUUGGAGUCACCGAACCGAAUGCUGGGCUUGAUACCCUUCGUCUCGAGACAAUAGCAAAGCAAAACUCGGAUGGAUCGUACAGCGUAACUGGGCAGAAGAUCUGGAUCACCUGUGCCCAGGUCGCUUCCAAAAUGAUCCUUCUCGCUCGAACCACACCAUUAGAGCAAGUCAAGAAGCCCAGCGAAGGCCUCUCCCUCUUUUGUGUCGAUCUAGAUCGCAACCAACCAGGCUUGGAAAUGCGCAAGAUCAAGAAGAUGGGUGGUCGGGCCGUGGAUGCGAACGAAGUAUUCUUCGACAACUAUCAUAUACCAUCUACUUCACUUAUCGGCCAGCAAGACAAAGGCUUCAAAAUGAUUCUUCAUGGAAUGAAUGCUGAACGCUGCCUUCUCGCUGGUGAAGCUCUCGGUCUCGGGUACGCAGCACUGACAAAAGCAAGCGAAUAUGCCCGCGAACGCGUCGUCUUCAAGCGACAGAUUGGCAUGAAUCAGGCCAUAGCUCACCCUCUCGCGGAUGCAUACAUGAAGCUCGAGGGUGCUAAACUGGCGACGUAUCAUGCUGCGAAACUGUACGAUCAAAGCAAAACGGAUACGUCGAUCAGACAAGACGACAUAGGUAUUGCUGCUAAUAGUGCGAAGUAUAUGGCCGCAGAAGCAGCAUUCACUGCAUGUGAAAGGGCGGUGUUGACCCAUGGAGGUAUGGGGUACGCGAUGGAGUACGAUGUUGAAAGGUGGUUCCGAGAAUGCCUUGUCCCGAGAAUCGCGCCUGUUAGUAGGGAGAUGAUAUUGAACUACAUUAGUGAGAAGGUGCUGGAGCUGCCCAGGAGUUACUAA